AUGCGCGUGGGCACCGUCUGUAUGAGUUGCAUAGCGUCCACCUUCGUCAGGUGUCGUCCCGUUGUUGGUGAUCUCGUAGGCCCAACAAGCUCGGAGAGUCGCCGAGCGGAGGUAGGGGAACGUCGAAGAAGGAAAGCCGAGGGUUCACCCUUGCAUAGAAUGCCUAAUCUGGUCUUAGUAUCCUCGCAUUCGGGCGUUUCGAUCCGUGGUACGCGUGCGGUGCUUAGCUCCAACCACUGA